UAACGACAUAGAGGAACAGGAUGAAGCUCGGGGGACGCCUGGUAUUUUUUCUGUCGCUCGUGCUUACCUUGCGUGACGUCAUUGCCUUGGAAGAGGUCCUACCAGAAGAUGAUGCUCCUGGAUUAGAAGAUAUAUUUAAGACCAACAAUGUAUCAUAUGAGAAUUAUCCAAUACAUUUCGACUAUCCUUUACCAAAAUGGCUUCGUGGUGUAUUGGUCAGAAACGGGGCUGGGCAAUUGGAAAUGGGAAGGAGGAAAUAUUUGAACUAUUUUGACGGGUAUGCAAAGCUACACAGUUGGACUUUUCCCGGAAACGGAUCAGCCUUUUUUUCCGCCAAAAUGAUAAUGUCGAAAUCCUACCUGUCGUCCAUCAAGAAAAAGGACAUCGAGCCUUAUUUAACCUUCAGGGGUGUCAAUCCAACUUUUGAUGAAGCCGACAAACUUGCUUGGAUGUUUCUCAAUAUGGAUGACAUGAACGUUAAUGUAUUCCGGUAUGCCAACAGGACGGUCGCCAUCAGUGACCUGUGGUUUGCCUAUGAAUUCGACCUACAGACAUUGAAUACUUUAGGAUCCAGGAGUCCGCUUAUUCCUCCGUCAAAUUUUUCCAAUAUUGGCAAAAAGAGCGAAAUGUCAUCUGCUCAUCCAGUUCCCGAGUACGGGACGUCGUCACGGUUUGAAAUCCUCAAAACACUAAGUCUAAUUCCUGGAACCAAAAACCGGAUGAGCGUGGUCCGGAUAACGUCCCUAGAUACCACAGAGAUGGUGGCUGAGUGGGAGACGGAGAAAAGUCACUACAUGCAUUCGUUCUCUGUCACACCAAACUAUGUCAUCCUGUUCGCCGCUCCGUACACCAUCAGCAUUAUGAAAAUGAUGGAGACCUGUUCAGUAGAGGGUGGAAUGGUUUGGGAUGGGAAUGCCAACACCACCAUAUAUAUUGUGGAGAUCAAGACAGGAACGCUGCACACACUACAGACGGAGAACGUCUUCGUCACUCAUCAUAUAAAUGCUUUUGAAUUACCAGACGGUAGAAUCGUGUUGGAUCUUCCGACACAGAAAAAUCCUUUCGCUUUUAAUUAUUUCGACUUUUCAUAUAUUUUUAAUAAAACAGCUCGGAUGAAUAUUAUAUCAAUGCCCAUCCUCAAACGAUAUACCAUUGAUAUUCACAAAAAAUCUGUGUUGAAAAAGACAUUCAAGAAUGGACCUAAAGCUCCCUGCGCAGGCGCACUUGAAUUGCCGGUGAUUAACGAGAACUACCGCCACUUGAACUACUGUUACAUCUACGGUCAUGUGAUAAACUAUAACGGGAAGGGUUUCAGUCGCAUGGCUCUCGUCAAAAAGGAUGUGUGUGACGAAGCCAGGGACCUGAUGUAUGCCGCACCCCACCAGUACUUUACAGAGCCUUGGUUCGUCCCCAACCCCUUGGGCAAGGAGGAGGACGACGGCGUGUUGAUGACGUCAGUAUAUGAUGGGGACAAGAGAGCGAGUUAUCUUCUUAUCCUCGACCCUAAAACAAUGACAGUCAUUAACCGAUCUUACAUGCCUACACAAGUACCUUUCAAUUUUCACGGAAGGUUUUUCGACAUCGCAUAAUAAUUUUUCGACAUCGCAUAAUAAUUAACGCAAUGAUUAAACAGACGGCGUCGGAGCAAACUGUUCGUCACAUCGACGUGUUUCCUAUAAGUGUUCUGAUAUUUCAUAUAUUUAUAUUUCCAUUGUACGGCUUGAAAUACGUAAACCAAUCAAAUCAAGAUGCUGGUAUGAAAACAUAUACAAAAUGAUAGUAUACGUGAUUUACGGAAACUGUUCGGGUUUUUCCGUCAUAAUUCUCAAGUACUCGCCGAAAAUAACAUGUCGAGUCAUCAUCUUUUGACAGAAAUUCACGGACAGUUUCCUAUUGAUGUUUGUCGCCCUGACGAAGAUGGUAACUGCAGGAAACGUUAUUUUGUUUCCGUUAAAUGGCAAUUUAGCAAAACGGUUUGUUCAAAAUGUAUUAGGAUGCAGGGGAAGGCAACAAGCGAUACAACAGUAGAUUUCUUUAUUCAUUAUUUAAGUGCAUCUUUGUUACAUUAGGAUGGUAUAUAAGACUGUUCCAACAAAAACGUUCCCAUGAUGCACCUUAUAGCAUGAUU